AUGCGGUCAUAUUCAGACCUCACAGUCUUCGCCCUGCAGGCGACGAGCCUCUUUGCACUUGGUCGAUGCGCCCCAAGUCAAAAGCCUCUCGUUGCCAAUCUACCGACCUUCAAUCUACGCGAGCAGACUGAUGUCCUUUGCGAUGCCGGGUCGCGGCACUGGACUGGUUCAGUCCCAAUCACAAGCGAUAAGAACUUGUCCUUUUGGUAUUUCGAAAGCCGUAGCCAUCCACAGACUGACCCAGUACUGUUGUGGAUGAGCGGGGGCCCUGGUGCAACAGGCGAAUUCGGCGUCUUCAAAGAUAGUGGACCUUGUCAAGUAAACCUAGACGGUAAUUCUACAUCAAAGCGGCCAUUCUCCUGGACGGACAAGGCCAACGUGCUUUUCAUCGACCAGCCAGUGGGCGUGGGGUUCUCGGAAAUCAGCGACCGAGAUCUCAUGGCAGUUACACUGGAACAGGGAGGUCGCGAUCUCUACGCCUUUCUCUCGGUUUUUACAUCCCGUGUCUUUCCUGACACAGCCGACAAGACUUGGCACAUCGCCGGUGAGUCAAUGGGAGGCCAUUAUGUUACUGGAUACACUCAGUACAUCAUCCAGCAGCAGCGAGAACGAGCCAUUCAAGGCAACGCUAUUCCGCUCGAUAUCGCCACAGCAAUUAUUGUUGAUGGGUACAUCGAUGACUCCAGAAGUGCGGCUGGCUUUUACGAUUAUCUCUGUCUCGACUGGCGUGGUGAUGGCCAUAAGCCCCUUCUCGACCCCGAAGAGUGCGAAUCUAUGGUCGCCGGUGUUCCGAGCUGUGAGAAGAAGGGAGCCCUCUGCCGCGAAACUUAUGAUGUCGAGAUUUGCACUCUCGCCUCGUCGCACUGCAACGACACGGUGGCCAAGUUCUUUUGGAAAAACGUGAAGUCUGGAGGUUGGAAUCCUUAUGAUGGCCGACUGACAUGCGAAAACCCUCCACUCUGCUCCGACCUGCAGGGCGGGCCAACAAGGGAGUUUCUGAACAAACCUUGGGUUCUAGAAAGACUUGGAUACCCUGGAAAGUCCUUCUCACUGAUUGACAUGGACGCCAACCAGAGGUGGGAAGAGGACGGCCAUCUUUUCCUGCCGACUACGCGGGAACUGACUUGGCUUCUCGACGAAACAAAUAUUCGCGUUCUCUUCAUCAAUGGCAAUGAUGACAUGAUCAUCAACUCGCCUGGGCAGAUCAGGAUGCUUGAUGAACAGCCCUGGGCUCGCCAGGCUUGGUACAGACAACAGGCAUUCGAGGAUUGGCACUAUGCCGACGGCGAAAUAGCGCGGGAGGGACUCACUGAUGAAAAGAAGAAGGGAGGAAAAUGGAAGGGCGAUAAUCGUCUCAGCCUGUUUCUGGUGGACGAAGCUGGUCACAUGGCCCCCUGGGAUCAGCCCGAAGCAGUCGGCGCAGUUGUCAGGGCAUGGAUACGGUCCUGA